CGCAAGCAAACCAAGCGACUGGAUCGUCGCUUCUUGCUUUCCUUUUUCCCUUGCCGCACCUUCCUUCUGCUCUUUCCGUCCACCUAACCUGCUCAGGGAUGGGUCAGGGUUCUCCCGGCGGCCUGAAAGGUCAGGGUCUCCCCGGCGACCGGAAGCACGACGAUAAGAAGGAGAAGAAGUUCGAGCCGGCCGCGCCCCCUGCUCGCGUCGGCCGCAAGCAGCGGAAGCAGAAGGGGCCUGAAGCUGCGGCGAGGCUGCCUACUGUGACGCCGCUGACUAAAUGCAAGCUCCGGCUUCUGAAGCUGGAACGGAUCAAGGAUUAUUUGCUCAUGGAGGAGGAGUUCGUUACCAACCAGGAGCGGCUGAAGCCCCAGGAGGACAAGAACGAGGAAGAUCGGUCCAAGGUCGACGAUCUCAGGGGCUCCCCUAUGAGCGUCGGCAACCUCGAGGAGCUCAUCGACGAGAACCACGCCAUCGUCUCCUCCUCCGUCGGUCCUGAGUACUAUGUGGGUAUUCUCUCGUUCGUUGAUAAGGACCAGCUCGAGCCUGGUUGCGCCAUCCUCAUGCACAACAAGGUGCUUUCUGUUGUUGGUCUGCUGCAAGAUGAAGUUGACCCCAUGGUGUCAGUAAUGAAGGUCGAGAAGGCUCCUUUGGAAUCCUACGCUGAUAUAGGUGGGUUGGAUGCCCAAAUUCAAGAAAUCAAGGAAGCAGUGGAGCUUCCUCUCACCCAUCCUGAACUGUAUGAAGACAUUGGCAUCAAGCCACCAAAAGGGGUCAUACUGUACGGGGAGCCUGGAACUGGCAAAACAUUACUGGCUAAGGCAGUGGCUAAUUCGACAUCAGCAACAUUUCUGCGUGUUGUUGGGAGUGAAUUAAUACAGAAGUACUUGGGAGAUGGACCAAAACUUGUUAGGGAGCUGUUCAGGGUUGCUGAUGAGCUCUCCCCCUCAAUUGUAUUUAUUGAUGAAAUUGAUGCAGUUGGUACAAAAAGGUAUGACGCCCAUUCCGGAGGUGAACGUGAGAUCCAAAGAACAAUGUUGGAAUUGCUUAACCAGUUAGAUGGUUUUGAUUCUAGAGGAGAUGUCAAGGUUAUUCUUGCCACUAACAGAAUCGAGAGCCUUGAUCCUGCAUUGCUUAGGCCUGGUCGGAUAGACAGAAAGAUCGAAUUCCCACUUCCUGACAUUAAGACUAGGCGACGGAUUUUCCAGAUACAUACAUCAAGAAUGACAUUGGCGGAUGAUGUAAACUUAGAAGAGUUUGUUAUGACAAAGGAUGAGUUUUCUGGAGCAGACAUCAAGGCCAUCUGUACCGAGGCUGGUCUUCUUGCCCUAAGAGAACGAAGAAUGAAGGUGACGCAUGCCGACUUCAAGAAAGCAAAGGAAAAGGUCAUGUUCAAGAAGAAAGAAGGGGUGCCAGAGGGACUCUACAUGUAGAAGAAUUUAUGAUAAUAUACAGCUGUAUGCACGCUCUUUGCUUGGGAAGCAUGUCACCUUUUCCGUUUUUUGUCUUUUGGGAACUUAUAUUACUUCUCUUCUCCUGCAAGUUGGUGUGGGCAUAAUCAACUUGUAUAAUUUCUAUCAAGCAACUAUUCAUUUCUUUUCUCUUU